CACAAGGAGUGAUGGUGGGACAAGAGAGGUUGAAAUGUUGGAUGGGAUUGUCUUACCUGCAGGGAGGCAGAAUUAUUUCUCGGUGACUUGGCCUGUCCCUUGCCCACUUACCCCUGAUCUUUCUCCCUCUCCACGUGAUGCUCAGCAGUGCUUUCAUGCUUUGGGGUGGCCCCAAAGGCCCUGAAGCAGCUUUGGGUGAAACUAGUCUUGGAGGAUUCUCUCUGUGAGGCGCUUGGCUACUGCGCUGUCCCCGUGUCCCUGCUGCCCUCCCGUGUCCCCGCUGCCCUCCUGGUGACCCUGUGCCUCUGUGUGUGCUGUGAAGUGCUGCCUGUGGCUGGUGGUACCCGUGGGUUGGCACUCUGCUGAAGUAAAGCCCAUCUCAGCCAUCUGAGCUCACACCUGCCCCUCGAUUCAGCGCUCGAUCCCCCAUCCCACGAGUCCUCCUGCCCGCCGUUCCUCUUAUAUCCAAUUAACCAUUUUUCUCCUCGCCCCUUUCUCUCGCUGACCCUGCCCACGGUGGGUGCCAGGCAGUGGGGCAGGGGCAGCCCUGCCCUCACCCUGCUCCGUGUGCCUCCCUCUGCCUUGCAGCCCAUCCCGGACACGAGUCCCAUGAAACGCUCCGUGUCCACGCUGGCCCCGCAGCGCCCUCAUGCCAUGCACCUCUACGAGUACUCCCUGGAGAGGAUGCCCCCGGAGCAGGGGCACCACCACCACCACCACCGCUGCCACCGCAGGAAAGAGAAGAAGCAGAAGUCCCUGGACAGGGCCGCCCAUCACUUGGCCGAUGGACAGGCUGCAGCCCAGGCCGCUGAGUCUUCUGGCAAGGACAAGAAGGAGCGUGGGCGGUCCCAGGAGAGGAAGCAGCACUCCUCCUCCUCCUCCGAGAAGCAGCGCUUCUACUCCUGCGACCGCUACGGCAGCCGGGAGCGCUCCCAGCCCAAGUCUGCUGAGCAGAGCAGGCCCACCUCCCCCAACGGGGGGCCAGAGCAAGGUCCACACAGACAGGUGAGGAGAGGCAGGGUGGGACAGCAGCCCUGA